GUUAUACAUGUAGUUGUACUAAAGUAGACAAUGAUGAAGCGGUUCAAGAGAAAAAAUAAAAUUCACCGAAGUUAUCAAGAUUAUUUUACUUCGAAUGACUUGCUGGACCCAGAUACGCCAUUGCGAAUAAAUUUGACAAUAGAUGAUUUUGAUGCGAAAGGUCAAGUGGCUAACCCUCGUGCUCCAUGUGUAGUAUCAACCAUUGAUCCAAGUUAUAUAAAAGAUGCUUCAUUGCAACGAAGAGCAAAAAAAUUUCGGAUGAAGACGGAUAUAUUACGUCUUCGGGAAAUUACACGAAAAAAAUUUGUAAUAUACGCCACACAACAAAAGUAUUUAGAAAAGCAAAGAGAAAGUGUCUACCAAGAAAAAAUUUACCAGCAUAUAAGCGAAUUUCAACAGUUUGCUUCAAAUGCAUUAUACAAAAUGGAAUCGAAUGCCUUUGGACAUAUGACGCAAGUUCAGAAGCAACUAACAGACUUGCAGGCAAUUAACAUAAAUGAAGAACUAAAGGCUGUCGCGGCGGAACAUCAACGAUUCCUUAUGGAAGUACAGGAAGUGUAUGCUCGUUUCCUGUUUCUUUUGAAACUUAUUGGCUACUUCGAUGAAAUCAUUGCACCAGAAGAUAUAGGUGAUAAUUUAGAUGAGUGCAAGUUACCAUCGCCUGAAAACAUUGUACGACUAGAAAUAAACGAACGGAAUCCAGUGGGUCAGAGUGAAGUGUCGAAUAUCAUUGUGUUCAUGGACAACAUUAUUAAGCCCUAUUUGGAAAAAAGAAAUCAUCUAAAUGCCGAUAUAUGGAUCAAGGGCUAUGAAAGGACCAGGCAAAAAAUAUUUAACUACAACCGAAGAUUUACUCAAGUGGCUUUGUUAAAUCAUUUAGUUUCCGUGAUUCACGAUAAAUCGGACAAAACUUUCUCAAGACGAACACAGCGGCCCUUAUUUUUAGUGGACACAAAAUUCCUAACACUUCGCAUUGAAUUGCUAAUGCAGCGUUCUCUGAAACUAUUAAACGAGUUUGAAAGGCAGCAGAAGAAAGACAAGCUGCAACUCAAAAUAAAUGCAAUUGUGCCAGUAAUCUUGCAAAAAAUUGAAGUUAAAAUGUACCAGCGUAAUGAAGCUCUACCGACACCGAAACAGGAUAAAAUAAAAAGCGAUAAAGGGACAAAGGUAUCCACGGUAGAUUUCCUUGGCCACAGUGAUACAGAUGCACGUAGCAAUGUGGAGAAACUGCAGUGGCAUCUUUUGAGUUUAUUACAAGACUUGGAGAAAUAUCCACCAAAUGCAUGUAAACAAAUUGAAGCCAAAGUAAGAAAGCGUUUUGAAAUGGAGAAGGAUUGCUCGCGAAGAGCAUUACUAAAACAAAAUCGUCUGUAUAAUUGGAUGGAUCAUUAUAGAAAACACGAAAAACUACGCGAUAAGAAAGCAAAAUAAAAAUUAUUAUAAAAGAGAUAUGUCUACAAUAAACUGAUUUCAAUUUCACAGUUUAGAAAUAA